AUGGAAAUCUUCACUCUACUGCCACAAAAGAAAGUUGAAAUUUAUAGUACUGCAUAUCUUGAAGUCAAUGCUGAAAGAGGAAGACGUAGAGCAUUCUGGCUUCUUCAAGAAAAGACAGACUCCCUGGUAUUCGGGUGGAAUCGAUUCGAUGAAAAAGGCAUUUCAAAGCUGACUUUAGAACGAGAAUUAGACUGGGCCUUUGAUGAUACUUUGGAUCUCCCCUUGGUUAAUAUAUCAGAAUUCAAUGUAAUUGGGAGAUCAUGCCUAUCUGAAAAAUAUAAUAUACUUGCAAAGUCGUCAGGCGUAUUUCGUUACUAUGAGGAGGAGAGGAGGAGUCUGAAAUACAAACGAGCACCGAGAAUUGCAAAAGUUGAAUUCGAACCUGCGUCAAACAAAAAUCUACUGGUGAAAUGGACGUUGGAAGGUUCUCCAUGUCAUUCCGAAGAUAGUAUGAUCAUGUUCGAAGGAUUGACUGAUCAACCUCUCGAAAUGACCAUUAUUCCUAUCGAAAGUACAGCAUCUAGGAAAACCAGAAAUUCGAAGGACGUUGUCAUCAUUCUCGCAGCUUUGCAUAAUGGAAGAUUCUCUCUACCGACUUUAGAAUCCCCACAGACGUCAAAAAUCGAGGAAGAAAAAGUCGAGUCAGCGCCAUCAGGUAGCCGGGAAAAACAUGAAAUUCAAGCAGAAGCGGAGGAAGAAGACAAAGUUAUCGGUGACUUACUCCUUCGAGUGAGCGGCAGUUCAUCUAACCGUAUUCAUAUUGGUACCAUUGUAGCAAUAGUACUCGUGUCAGUUUUGGCGAUAUUAACCAUUAUCUACUUCUCGUAUAGACGAUGGUGUAAACAGAAAUUGGUGAAAUAA